CUAGAGAGGAACUGAGGCCCGCGCGCUGGGAGUGGGACCCGGCACCCUUCUUACUUUUAGGCUCCCUGCAGGACCCAGAUUCGCCAGGCACAACUGUCCAUUUGCCUGGGACUGCGUUGACAUGUUUUAAUUUGGUUAUCAAUAUUUCAAUAUCAGGAAGUUUUACACAAAAACUCAGAUUUUUGCUUGUUUCAUAAAAGGGGAAGGUUGGGCACCCAGCCUGAGGUCGCACUCUUUUGGGAUGGGCAGCCGAGCGCCGGCCCCCCCCCGCCCCCCCCCCCCGCCCCCCGCUUUCCCAGGGUGCGGGUCAGGGGGCUGACUCCCCAGAGAUGCUCUAUCCCAACCCUGGUCACUUCAAACAGAAGCAGCCGCUCCCGCCCAGAGCUCCAGACAGAUGCUGAAACAGGCCCAGCCCCUUUCAGUGACAGCAGCCGGUGCAAACCGCACUCCUCAAAGGCAGAGAGGAAAUGCCCCGUGCGGGGUGGAGUUCGCAGUUCGAGACCCCGCAGUACCUGGGAAAGUCAGAGUGGGCUUCCUGGAAGAGGUCACAGCUGAGGGGGCUACUUCAGCAGGAGGACGGGUCCCAGGCCCCAAAGACGGCCCAGGUGGGGAGAGUUUCCUGAGUCCAGCCCUCCCAUCCCCUCGGCGCCGCCGCUGUCCCUGGUCCUGAGGGCGGGUCUCCGGGCCGGCCCGGCAGUUGCGCUUCCCCCAGGAUGCGGCUGAGACCGGCCCUGGAGCCACCAAUGCAGGAGGCCCCACCAGGUCGGGGAAGCUUUACCAGGAAGCGAACCACACGGCCAAGGCCGGAUGGCCAAACGGGAAAGGAAGCCAGGCCGACCCAGGGUUCAAGGCAACGCCAUCGGCCCACACGGAAGGGACCAUACCCAACCAAAUGCCUAGCUUUUAUUAGGGGAGGGGAGUUCUAUUCUGAAAAAUAUGUAUAUGAAUAUAAAUAUAUGUGUUCCAUGAUUUGCCCUGGCUUCUCUGAUUUAAAGGAUUCUGCCUUCAUUCCAGGGGGAGCUCGCUGGGGGAGGGGAGGGGUGCAGGGCCCGGAUGAGGAGCCGGGAGAGGAGGGGUGCCCGCCCCCGAGCAGGCUAGAGCGGGGAGACGCAGGACCUAGAGCAGGCGGGUGGCGGAGUGCGGGCGAAGGCAGCUCGGCCUACGACACGCGGCUGCGCCAGAGGGUGGCGGUGAAGAAGCUGUCGCGGCCCUUCCAGUCUCUGAUCCACGCGCGGAGAACCUACCGGGAGCUGCGGCUGCUCAAACACCUGAAGCACGAGAACGUCAUCGGGCUGCUGGACGUGUUCACGCCGGCCACCUCCCUGGAGGACUUCAGCGAAGUGUACCUGGUGACCACGCUGAUGGGCGCCGACCUGAACAACAUUGUCAAGUGCCAGGCGCUGAGUGACGAGCACGUCCAGUUCCUCGUGUACCAACUGCUGCGCGGGCUAAAGUACAUCCACUCGGCCGGGAUCAUCCACCGGGACCUGAAGCCCAGCAACGUGGCCGUGAACGAGGACUGCGAGCUGCGGAUCCUGGACUUCGGGCUAGCGCGCCAGGCAGACGAGGAGAUGACUGGCUACGUGGCCACGCGAUGGUACAGGGCCCCCGAGAUCAUGCUGAACUGGAUGCACUACAACCAGACAGUGGACAUCUGGUCCGUGGGUUGCAUCAUGGCUGAGCUGCUCCAGGGAAAGGCUCUCUUCCCCGGAAGUGACUACAUCGACCAGCUGAAGCGUAUCAUGGAGGUGGUGGGCACGCCCAGCCCUGAGGUUCUAGCAAAGAUAUCCUCAGAACAUCUGUGGACCUCCUGGGCAGGAUGCUGGUGCUGGACAGUGACCAGAGGGUCAGCGCGGCCGAGGCUCUGGCACACGCCUACUUCAGCCAGUACCACGACCCGGACGACGAGCCCGAGGCGGAGCCCUACGACGAGAGCGUGGAGGCCAAGGAGCGCACGGUGGAGGAGUGGAAGGAGCUCACCUACCAGGAAGUCCUCAGCUUCAAGCCCCCAGAGCCCCCGCAGCCGCUGGGCAGCCUGGACGUUGAGCAGUGAUGGAAUGCCGCCGCCAGCUGCCCCGCUGGGACUCAAGCCCCGGCCUGCCAGGCCCCCACGGGGGGCGCCUGCCCUGGCGCCCCCACAGCCAGUGGCACCCAGCCCUGGCCUGGGACCCCCGUCCUCACACUGCGCCUUCUGGGGAACUGCGCGUGUGUGGGUGCCUGCACGGGCGUGAGCCGCGGUGUGGGAGCCGAGGCACAGCGUCCUGCACGUCCUUGUCCUCCUGCCCCCUCCCGAGGUCCCCUGUAGGGCCUCCCUGGGGGACCUGGGUGCCAGAAGAGCUCUCCCUGGGCAGUGUGUGUGUUCCUAGACCUGGAUCCCAGAGGGCUGGCUCUGGGGGGGUGGGGGUAAGUACACUGGGGCUGGAGCCUCCCUGAGACAAAGGAAGAGUCUUGAUGGUCAGAGCUGCUCCGUCUGGAAGUGAGGGGUUCCCUUCAAAAGUGCUGAGGCUCAAAGGGUCUUCUGUGGGGGUGGUGGAGUGGGGCGGCUGCCUGGAGCCACGUGUCCUCAUGCUGUAUGCGGUGCGUGUGUCCUGGAAUCCACAUGUCAGAGCAAACUGAGACCUGUGUGUCUGAGGGCCCCUGAGAGCUGCGGUGUGACCGGCCGCAGGCCCAAGUGGGGAUGACUGUACCCUUGCCUCCCCUGCCUUCAGUCCUCGAGGUGGGUGGGGCGCAAGGCUUUGCUAAGAGCCUGCUGGGCGGCAUGCAAGGGGCUCAGGUGUCCACGGGCACCCUUGUGAGCAAAUCCCCUCUCCCCUUGGACGUGGGAGCUGCAGCAGGCUCCUGAGGCACGGGGGUCCGGGCCCGCCUGGGGGCUGGCAGGCUUGGGGGGCUCCGGCCUCGAGGCGCCCAUCAGCGUGGACGUGGAUCCUGGCCCCGAGUGGAUGGAGAAACCUGUGCCCGCCCAACCCCUGCCUGCCCUCUGGUCCUGCUGCCGGGACCUGGGGUGCCCUAGUCUGUGCGUCCGCCCUUGUCCUCUGUCCUUCCAGAGUGGAGGGGACCCAGCAACCUCUGGGACAGGCCCCUGCUCCAGAUGUGUUGGGGGUGUGGGCCCGCCGUCAAGGGGCUUCCCUGCCAGGUGGCGACCUCUCACCCUGCGGGACCAGGGAGGUCUGAGUGUCAAGUGCCUGCACGGGGGUUUUGCAAUAAAGGGGGUCCUGCCCACCAUGAA